CCGCUACUGCGCCUUCUGACCGGCCCAGUAGCUCUAGGCUUCGAAACGGCAGUCUUGUGCUGCUACUCGUCCGAAUAUACUCCGAAGUCAAAGACAGAACACUACUCGCCAACGAUUGUGGUACGCACUCACGACGAGAGGAAGACUGCCAAAGGUCUCGUCGCUCGUGUCAUUAGUCGCAAGGAGAUGCAAGCCGAUGAGGCACAGAAGAUGCUCCAACAGCUUUUUGGCGAGCUGGCGGGCAGAGUGGUAGACCUUGAAGUAGGCGAGACUCUCGAGGUGUAAAUGAGCAGCGCGGUGCGGCUGUAUAGUGGGGAGCGGGGUGGUACCUUUCAUCUUCGCGCCACCGUUCCUGGCGUGGACAUCGUCAGAGCAAAACAGGUCCGGCGGGCCAGGCACCGGCAGCAAUCAAUGCGUGGACGAGGGGAAGCAGCGAAUGGCAGAGCAAUUCGAAGGGAUCAACUUCCCCUGUCUUCCAGGCCCUCUUCGACUCUCUCCUGCUCCUCCUCCCCAGUCCACUCAUCCUUGUGCCAUGCUCAGCGGAUCCCCGUCCUCUGUUCGCACCCGCUCAAGCCUCGAUGUUCCUACCCCGCUAUCUCCUCCGGAGCGACCACUGCCAGCCGCGCCUGCUGUGCAGCCACUCCGCUCGGACAACGUUCGCAGCACCACUGCGCAAAGGCCCUGUGAGACUGGGCCCUUGUCCUCUGACCCUCCUCAAGUGCACUGGAGCAGGGCAGCCACUGUCAACAUUGCAACAUUCGAUGAUGACAGAGACGGCGUCGAGCCUGACACUGUCGAAAGGGCGGCCAGUGGAAGCUACGAGGAUGUAGGCGGAUCAUCUUCAUCCUCAAGCGAUGCUACCUCGCCGAGACAGCGCAAGGAGCAAAGUCUCUUCUUGGCGCUUGAGGCGAUCAUACAGGCAGAUGUAGCUGUCAAAGCAGCUCGCACUGCGCUGGAAGAGGCUCUCGGCGGCACCGACAGGAUCAACUUGUCAAGGUCUCUCCUUCGCGCUUCUAACAGAAUCACAAGACAGGCCGAUUAUAGUCAUCACAAGUAUGGACAGAGUCCCAGCAGUGGACGUGCACGCGUGCAUAGUACUCGCAAGCCUCGAAGUACGAGCGUCUCGUUGCGUCAAAGGAAUAGGAACAGUCGUGCGUUCUGGCCUUCACAGGCGCAACCCAAGAAGGAUCAGAAUGGAGUCACCGCAAAGGUAGCCAACUUCAUGGCACUCGCCAGCAGCGGCUCUAGUGGUGGCUCUAGCACCUCAUCUACGACUACUCAUGAGGAUGCGAGCAGGAUCCUGACCAAAGACUCGGAUCCGAGGGGAGACGAGCUGUUGCCUGAUAAUAGCUGGCCAAUCUCUCAGGAAGCUCCGUUUCGCGACAGUUCAAGCAUCGGUUACAGCCAAGAGGAGAGUCGACGGCGAUCUGAUCAGGAUGAGAGCUUAGUCACUGCUGGUGUGUUCCUUCACUCUACCUCUGCGGACCUAGAGGGCAGCAGUCUAGGUGUCUCGCGCAAUUUGCGUGGCUACACCAUCGACCACUUGCGACCCUCACAGUCGACUUCUCUUUCGAAGGAGGUCAUCAUGUCGGAAGAAGACCGGACUCGGUCGUCCUCAGAUGCAGAGCCUGAACACAUGCUUACGAGUGACUGGAAUGCCCAUCGAAGCCACAGUCCCACAAACUCUGUGUCAUCUUCGCCUCGUCUUGAUGCGUUAGGCUCUCACGGAGACGAUCAUCCGCCUCUCUCCAGUCAUCCCCCGUCACUUGCUCGAUAGCAGCGGGGAGUUCCUCGUGCUCAGACCCAACGAGAAGGUCCGCCUAGUACAGCUCGCCGAGGAAAUGGCAGAAGAUGCUCAUGCUCAGCAGAUUGGAGAGGAUUGUACGUGGUCUUCGAGUAGUGAGGAUGAACAGCCUGCUAGCAAGAACCGAU